UCGUGGGGGGAGACACGUUUUUGGUAACCAUAGCUACAUAACUUUCCGUGUAUAAAGGAUAAGACACAGCCAUAACUACUUCAUAUUACACGAAAAGACUGGUCAAUUUAUAGUUCUCCUAAAGUCAAAAACAAACUGUUUUUGUUAAAAUGUCAGAGGAGUUACAAAAAGCUGGUCUUUUCAUAGAUGACAUAUAUCGUUUGCGUGUUCAGGAUCCCCGUAUAGCUAAUGAGACCAACGAGUUACGCGAAGAAUGCCUUGAAUAUGCCAACAAAUUGGAUGAAUUCAAAAAGUUGGCAGUGGAAUUUGAUAAAAUCAUAAACAACUAUGCCAAGGAUGUGGAAAAGGAAAAGCUUCGAGCCAUUGGUACCCAGAAUCAAUUGAAGACAAUGGCCAAACAGAGGCAGGCUGAGCAGCAGUUGUAUCAGAGUAAAAUACACGAGAAAAAUUUGGAACUGGAACGUCUUAAAAGUGAAUAUCAAUACCUACAGCGUGUGGAAUCGGAGCAGCAGGAGCUUAUAAAUAAUUACUUAAUGAAUCAAUAA